AUGAACUUCAAAGAAGUUAUCAUCUUACUCUUCAUAGCACUCUCCCAAGCUACCCCUAUCAGCUCGCCAGACGCCGCCGCAGCCAAUCAGGCAGUCCCGCAGAAAGACACCAAGUACCUCCACUAUCCUAUCUUCGGAGGACAGGGAUUUUGCUCGGAAGUGCCAGGCGCACCUAAUCCAUGCCUGAUCAAGAAGCCACCUCACUAA